ACUAGAGCAACAAAACAAAUGAUACGAAGAUAUUUUAACGAACUGUGGCGCAAAUGAAAAACAGACUCUCAACAGUUAACAUAAAGCGGCAUCACUACACAGCAGUUUUUAAACAAAGCAAUAGGUAAAAAGUGCAAUAUACGACUAAGUAAUUUCUGCUACAAAACAUGGAGCAAACAGAAGUUCAAUGUCCAAUUGACCGCUCUACUAACACCGAGGAUUUUCCCGAUGCCUUCGGCUCUAAUGCAAAUGCUGCUGGCUACUAUAGCAGUGGAUACACCAAUAAUGCGAAUCAGUCCGGUGCUAUAGCACAAUUGGCUAACAAAGGUUUCAAUGUGUCGUCCAAUAAUUACACAGCUAGAAUGCCAACCGAUCGCCAUGCUGUUGAGUAUAAUAUGCGCCAUAAAAACCGUGGACUAGCUUUGAUUUUUAACCACGAACAUUUUACUGUGCAAACGUUGAAGUCGCGGUCUGGUACUAAUGUCGAUUGUGACAAUUUGGCCAAAUGUCUCAAACAACUCGAUUUUGAUGUCCAAGUACAUAAAGAUUGUACCCUGAAGGAACUUGUACGCCAUGUAGAAUGGGCUGCAAAUCAAGAUCAUACCAACAGCGACUGCAUAUUAAUCACUAUUUUGUCGCAUGGAGAACUCGGCUAUAUAUAUGCAAAAGAUACACAGUAUAAAUUGGAUAGCAUUUGGAGUUACUUUACUGCACAGCAUUGUCCUACUCUUGCGGGGAAGCCAAAAAUAUUUUUUAUACAAGCUUGUCAAGGAGAUCGCCUCGACGCUGGAGUGACAUUGAAGAGAGUGGUAACUCAAACUGAUGGUGAGUCAUCUAUGAGUUACAAAAUUCCAGUGCAUGCUGACUUUUUAAUAGCCUAUUCAACUAUACCUGGUUUUUAUUCGUGGCGUAAUACUACUCGAGGUUCUUGGUUCAUGCAAUCUCUUUGUGCCGAACUAGCGACCAAUGGAAAGCGAUACGACAUAUUAACACUAUUGACAUUUGUCUGUCAACGCGUCGCAGUUGAUUUUGAGUCAUGUACUCCAGAUACACCGGAUAUGCACCAACAAAAGCAGAUACCUUGCAUUACAACUAUGCUUACACGAAUAUUACGCUUUUCGGAAAAGAACCCUGUGAGCACUGCGGCAAGAGUUUAGGAUUUGAAAAUAUUAAAACGUAUUUUGAUUGAAGUUGGAUUCGCCUCAUUAUGUAAAACGGCACAACAUUCUUUAAAAAUAAGUUUGCGAUUACUAUCAUGAAAAACAAAUCAAUUAUUCUGCAAGUAUUAAGUAUAAUUUUAUUUUAAACUUCGUUAUUGAGAAAAACGUUUCACUACUUAAAAUUUCAAUUGACCCAUAUUUGAUUCUAAUCUGUUCCUCAUAUUGUGUUAGUAGCUUGAUAUUAAGAAUGCAAAACGAUGGUCGGAAACAAUUACCGCUAUAUCCGCAACUGAUGCGAUAACCAAUCCCUAAAUAUCAACGUAAAAAUUGUAUCACAAUUUUUAAUGGAUAUUAACGUUUUUUUAGAUAUGAUACCUUUUUCGUUUUCCGAUCAAGGAAAACAAUAGAUUUGCAAGAGAUAGAUUUUCAAAUGUUCUAUAUGAAUACCAUUAAUUUUCGAUUUCGAUGAUACAACCACCAAUAAUCGUCACUGUUUUUUCCUUAUAUA